UCCUUUGCUCUCCCUAGCUGCAAGUUCAUUUUUGAUUGAUUCAUGACCAAACCAUAUCGGCCACAGUAAAAAUUCUGAUCCAGCCUACCCACCUGCAGAUUGCCAACAUGGACUCAUCACCAGAGGACCUAACAGGCCCGAAACCAGAGGGCCUAACAAGCCCAGAAGAGCCAAAUUUGGCAUCGGAUCUCGACAACCUUCGUUCUCGGUAUGCAGGACUACAUCCACUUGUCCAGGACAAUCAGAACUCGUUCUCAAGAUUACUCCGUGAAUCUUCAAGGAGAAAGGUGGAGCAAUAUCUUGAUGACCUUGCUGAAGCUUUUGCCAGACUCGAAGUGCCUCUCGAGACACGUAAUAAGCUGUGGCGCAAUUUUCUCUACAGGGAUCAACAUAUUCGCGGCACCCUUAUCAUAGUUUGUGGAUCAGACGAUAACUUGAAAGCGGAAUUCGUCCGACUUGCGUUCUUUCAUCAACAUCCAGAGUUUGCUGGCGCAGAACGUCCAAUUUCUCCCGAACGAAUGCUUGUCGCACUCGCAGCCCCGUCCCGCGCGGAGGCAGAGACCCUUAUAAGAGCUGGACGGCUACCAGCAUCCGACGACCUCGAUGAUAUCGCAAUCCUGAAGGAAGGUUACAAACAUGAAUACCUGAGGAGUGAAACAAUUGUGAGACCGAUCCUCAAGAAGCUCAGUGACAAUGCGAAAGACUGGCGUCCGAGCAAAUAUGUCGCCCCAUACACCACCUUGAUUGGGCCGAGUAUGAGUGGAAAGACUCGCUUACUCAUGAAACUCUCGGAAAAUAUAUGUGUUGUUUACAUCUGUCUUCGCGAACGUAAUUCGUGUCGUGAACAACCCCCCAGAUCUGUGUUGGCUGAUGAGAUGCAACUUCCAGCUAAAAAAGCACACGGACUGGAAAUACAUUAUUCUCGACUUCUGGCUGCUAUUUUUGACGUGGUGGCAGACUUUUUCUCCGAUCCAUCCCUCGGGAUUGAUGAGAAGGCUCGACUCUCGGCAUGGUAUAGCUACAAUCACAACUGCGGCGAUGACCUGGCAGCUCGAGUUCGAGACACAAUGAAAGGAAUUGGCCAGAACAUAUAUGCUGCUUCUGUCGCCUUCACGACGAAAUUGGAGAAGUUGGAAACAAACCUAGGUUUUAUCAGUAAUCAGGAUCUGAAGGUACUGCUCGCUUUCGAUGAGGCACGGGCUCUCGUCGAACAGGAAACCUGUGAAGAUGAAAGUUUGCCAUACUUUCACGUGCUUCGUCGAGUUUUAUCCAAAAUACCGCCUAAGCUUCAAUUCUUUGCGAUCUUUGCGAACACCACAUUGGAUGUGGCAAAUUUCAGCCCUUCGUCCCUGUACAACAAUGAUCCCAGCGGAAGACCUUUACCUGAUUCCAAAGAGGUAUACGCACCAAUAUAUGCUAUUGGCACCUUUGACUCAAAGGUUCCCUCCUGUCCACCUAAGACGUGGGACGAGUUGCUAUCGCCCCGAAGACUAUUCAGUUACGGCAGCCCGUUUUUUCGGAUUUAUUUCGAGGAGGCCGAAAAACCAGAAAGAGCAAUGCCAACCGGUCAGAUUGUUCAAGAGGUCACAAAGAUCGCCACCGACAAGCUACUUUGCUUUCCCCGCCUUUCUGAAGACCUAUCCGAAGCUCAGAUUUUGGCGCUGCUAGGUUGCACGAUCCAGCCACAGAUCCACAAAGCCGCAAAGCUGAACUCGGAGUUGGUCUCGAGUCAUCUGGCUCAGUGCUUGUAUAUCUCACCUAUGCGCGAAAGAUGGGUCAGCGAAUACCCAUCACAAUUCACUUUGUCCAUGGCGGCCAACACCUUCCUUACAAAAACGGAUUCCAGACUUGUUUCCUGCAUCAAGGUUCUCACUAACUUUGUGCAAGAAGGACUUAUCUCCUCGGAAAAUUCUGGACAACUGGUUUCUAGAAUCAUCUUACUGCGAGCAAUGCAGAAAGCCAUGUGGACUUCUCCUAUACGCACCAAGCAAACAGAUAUUCCUUAUGGAUGUUCAGUCCGAUUGGUAGAUUUCUUGAAGGCCUUGAUUGGAGAGGAAUCGGAGUUGAAGUUGGACAUGGAUGGCGAUCAGCAAACUCGGCUCUUGAAAGAGGGUCGAAUCUUUUGGAACCACUUUACACAUAUUUCUUAUACACCACAUCCGGCUCAUUUUCUGAAGUUCUUGUACCGAGGCCUGGCGGUACAGUGCAAGCCAGAUCAAAGGGGAUUCGAUCAGAUGUUCCCCAUCUACCUUGCGCCGGAGCUUUCUGAGUUUACACUCGAUGAAGAUCGGAUCUCAUUCUGCGGAGUUCAGGCGAAGAACGACUCGGUCAAAUUUCAAGAGGAGGGUCCGAAGUGGAAUUCCAAAUACGCGAGAGUUGGACUCAAAGACGAUAUUCCAUACCUAUUCAUUCUCUUCAGUUUCAGAACUACAAGAACAAAGUACACGUUGCCCACGAUUCCUCAACGCGGCUCUCUAAUCUUCCAUGGCCUGGACCAAAUCAAAUGUCUGACACCCGAAAUUUCUAGCGCCUUGAAAGAGCUUUUAAGUGUUGUUACGGAUAUCCGGGAUUUUGACAAAGACAACAAAGACAUCAGACGCUUUGUUGAGAACACUCGCCCUUGCGCCUACCGACAUGAUGAUCGUGAAGUGGACUGGAAUUGUGAUUCGGACGAUGGAAUUGACAUUGAUCAAGGUCCGGAGAAUGAAACUCAUCAUCAUGAAGAAUAGGCGAUCCGAUGAGCUGAUUGAUUUUGGUUGAUUUUUCUAUCCAAUCUCGGUUCACUCUUCACCGCUGAUCAUCAAACCAUCAUCGCCAAUAUUAAAUAAUCUAGUUCAAUCUUCUUACCACCAAUGACAUUCAGUUUUCUGUCUGCCAAGCUCAUCCAACCUUUGCUUCCGUUUGUAUCCGAUUCCCCUGCCCCCAGCUGUCUUAGCCUCGCCUUGGAACGAUCCUUGGCCUUUUGUACCAUCAGACCCUCCCUCAUCCUUGCCAACCCAUGGCCGUUUGCUUUUGAUUUUGCACCACCAUCAUCCCACCGUUUCAGCCAGUUCUAUCCGUGCUCAUCUUUUCGUCUCCUAGUCGGCGCCUUGCUAUAAUUUCCUUUCUUCGUGUAUUUGCGUUCAUUGAUAGUUUUUCUAUUCCCGUCGUGUUCCGCUACCAGUGUCCGUAAACCUCGCCUUCGUCCUUAUUUGCCACUCCAAAAAUAACGCCUUGUUGGUGUCUUGCUUUCAUGUCUCCAUCCUUGAUUCAUCUGUAUUGUUAUUAAUACAUCAACAAACAAGAAAGAUUAUCAAAAUUCAAUUUAUUAAGUUGUUAGCUGACCCUGCUCGUCUUCUAUCUCCUAUGCCUAAACACAAGUUAUCGUGUUUUGAUUCCUAUGCUUG